CGCGUUUCCUGGGUGCAGCGGCUGAGCAGAGAGGCUUCGGAGCAACUCUUCUCCUUUGCAGGUCAGCUGGACAAACUGAAGUAGAAAAUAUAAUUACAACAAUGGGCAAGCGAGAGAGACAUCAUUUUAUGGACCACUGAAAGGUUGCAGUAACUGUUUCAAAUUGGAAAAAGACUUGUGAACAUACACCCCGAUCCUUCAUUGUGGUUUAGUCAACUUCAGGUGAAGUCUCUGUAAUACUCAACAGAAGAUGUAUGCCAGCCAUGAAGAUAUUGGCUACGAAUUUGGAGAUAAGUUGAAAGAGCGGGAGAAGAAACUUAAAUCAAAUCCAGAUAUUGAUGGAGGAUGGGCAUGGAUGGUUGUACUUUCUUCUUUCCUUGUACACGUACUUGUCAUGGGAUCACAAAUGGCCCUUGGGAUUCUCAACAUGGAAUGGCUUGAAGAAUUCAACCAGAGUCGAGGCUUGACAGCAUGGGUCAGCUCCCUCAGUAUGGGCAUUACCUUGAUUGUAGGUCCUUUUAUUGGCCUAUUCAUCAACACUUGUGGAUGCCGGAAGACUGCAAUAACUGGGGGAAUCUUGAGUGCUUUAGGAUGGAUUUUGAGUUCCUAUGCCUCAAAUGUACAUUACCUUUUUAUUACAUUUGGCGUGACAGCUGGUAUUGGGAGUGGCAUGGUGUACUUGCCUGCUGUUGUCAUGGUAGGAGAAUAUUUUCAGAAGAGAAGAGCACUUGCCCAGGGACUGAGCACUACAGGGACAGGGUUUGGUACUUUCCUGAUGACAUUUUUGCUGAAAUAUCUUUGCAUGGAGUUUGGCUGGCGGAAUGCAAUGUUCAUCCAGGGUGCAGUCUGUUUGAACCUGUGUGUUUGCGGAGCACUCAUGAGACCCAUUUAUUACAAGGAGGAAGCUGCUGAAAAAAGUGGCAAGAGAAACAACUACCAAAGAAAGAGUCACGCAAAAGCUCUCUCCUGCUCUGCAGAAACACUGACAUCUAAUGGCAUCAUCAGGGAAGAAGAAAAAGAGACAAAAGAAGGACAAGGUAAGGAUGAAAAGCUUGGCAGCCUCCCAGCCUUGGAAAACAAAGAUGUAACUGGACAUGGAAAUAAUAUCUAUGCUCUUUGUAUUUUGAAGACAAUGAGCCAACUAAUAGUUACAAUCCAGAAAGGGUUCAGGAUGUGGUAUUCUAGUUACUUUGGAGCAGCAUCCCUUUUUACCAACAGGAAAUUUGCAGCCUUUGUUUUUUGGGCCUUAUUUGCUUAUAGCACUUUUGUGAUCCCUUUUAUCCAUCUCCCAGAAAUAGUGAAACAGUAUCACCUAUCUGCACAGAAUGAUAUUUUUCCAUUGACUUCAAUUAUUGCAAUUGUUCACAUUUUUGGAAAGGUCAUUCUAGGCAUCAUCUCCGAUUCCUCCUGUAUCAGUGCUUGGAAUGUGUUCAUGGCAGCAAACUUCAUCCUUGUCUCUUGCAUUUUUAUUUUGCCACUAAUGCACACUUAUGUUGGACUGGCUGUGGUCUGUGCCCUAAUAGGAUUUUCCAGUGGGUAUUUUUCACUCAUGCCUGUUGUAACAGAAGAUUUAGUAGGAAUUAAGCAUCUUGCAAAUGCCUAUGGAAUCAUAAUCUGUGCCAAUGGGAUAUCAGCAUUGCUGGGGCCUCCAUUUGCAGGAUGGAUUUAUGACCUCACACAAAAAUAUGACUUUUCUUUCUAUAUAUGUGGCCUGCUUUACAUGUUGGGAAUACUAACUUUACUUAUUCAGCCUUGUAUUGGCAAGAAAAAGCCAUCACCAGAGAAAAGCACUGAAAAUGGAAAAGUAUAGGACAGUUCAGUGUUUUUAGAGGGAUUGUCAUUGUUUCAUUUCUAUUUCCUGAGAAAAUUUCAGAUUAUAUCUGAUGCAACCAACAUGGACUGAAUUAUACCAAAUUUGGACACUAAAUAAACUUUGCACUGCCAUUGUCAAUGGACUGAAGGAAAAUACCCUUUAGAUGGCAGUUGUAUUGGUAGAUGUUCUUUUUACAAGCAUCACUCAACAGACUGGAAUUCAUUUGCUCCUGAUUUAUACUGGGGAAGGGGGAAUUUGUCCCAUCAGGAAUCAGUGAAAUGAAAAUAAUUCCUAUUGACUAUUCCAACUGAUAAUGACUUCCUGAACAGAAGCCAAAUGUCCACUUAUAUUAAUAAGUAAACACAUGAAUGACAAUUUCUUCUUUACAAAUCUCAUAAUUGUAGUAAGUUAGGCUUUAAAUAUAGGAUAAAUCAUGUGUGCCUGCUGCCACAAAGCAAGUAAUUCUGUUCAAGCCACCUAAACUAACCUUCAGAUGCAAACACAGCAAAGUAGUACCAUGGUGACAAAUGUUAAAAGGUUUAAAUGAUUAUAGAUGGGAAGAUGUGCCCUGAUUCUUGGGAUUAAAGGAUCAGUGGUGAGGCUGCUAAUUUCUUAUGUGCUUAACUAGAGGUAGCUACUGGCUGUGGGAAGCUUGACAGGGUCAGCAGAUUUUCAUUCGGUUUUGAUGGACAGCUGCCUUUAGUUCUUGCUUGCAGAGUGGGGAAGUAUAGCCAAAUCAUUUUAAUUUUGCUUGCAUCAACACACCAUAAUACAUUAGUGCGAUAUCAAUCAACAGACUUUAUUCACUUUGAUUCAUAAGGGUUAUUAAAAACUGUCAGAAUUAUCUGCAUUGGCAUCAAUGAAAUUCACACAAAUGUACUAUCUGUAUGUGGUAUACAGAUCAAAGCACACCUCAUUCUCAGAUAAGUCUGACUGUCUUCUUUCAUGUAAUUAUUACAUUAUGUGCUGUAAAAGCAAGUUGCUUACCUGUAACUGGUUCUUCAAGUGGUCAUCUAUGAAACAUAGAAAGCAAGUAGAAUCUCUAGCCAAACAUCAUGCUUAUAGUGAUUUACAAAAGUGACUGAGCCCAAGUAGCUAUUUGACAGAUGGUUUGUACCUGGGUGCAAGGGCACUGGUGGUUGUCCGGAAUGGCGAGCAGGUCCAUCUUUGGAUAGCCAUUAGCGUAUCUAUUUCAGACAAGCAAAGAUUUGUG